AUGGAAAUUGGCAGCUGCAACUUCAUGGCAGCUCUUCGUCUCUUACUAUGUUGUUUCUGUUGGCAACUUGGUGCUGCCGUAGAUACCAUAACAUCAUCUCAAUACAUCAAAGAUCCUGAAGAUGUAGUUUCUGCUGGAAAUAAGUUCAAACUUGGAUUUUUUAGCCCUGGUAAUUCAACAAACCGGUAUGUAGGCAUAUGGUACAAUAAUAUUUCUGUUACAACUCCAGUCUGGAUAGCUAACAGAAACAAGCCACUCAAUGAUUCUUCUGGGAUUAUGACAAUAUCUGAAGAUGGAAAUCUUAUAGUUUUGGACGGUCGGAAAGAGAUUCUUUGGUCGUCAAAUGUUUCAAAUGGGGUCAGUAACUCAAGUGCACAGCUUACGGAUGAUGGAAACGUAAUCCUGAGAGGGGGCGAAAUUGGAAACAGCUUAUGGCAGAGUUUCCAGGAACCAUCUGAUACUUUCAUGCCGAAGAUGAGACUUACUGCUAAUAGAAGAACGGGUAAGAAGACGCAAAUAACAUCAUGGAAAAGCCCUUCUGAUCCAUCUGUUGGAAGCUUUUCUUCUGGUAUUGAACCCUCAAGCAUUCCUGAGGUUUUCGUUUGGAAUGAUAGCCGUCCAUUCUGGCGGAGUGGUCCAUGGAAUGGUCAAGCCUUUAUAGGAAUUCCAGAAAUGAAUUCAGUUUAUCUUAAUGGGUAUAAUCUUGUACAAGAUGGAGAUGGAAAUUUUUCACUAAGCGUUGGGCUGGCCACUGAAUCUUAUAUCACCAAUUUUGCUUUGAGUUAUGAUGGAAGAUUUGGAGAAAUGUAUUGGGAUUCUGCCAAUGGGAUCAAAGAAUUGGCAAAAGAUAGACCGGCCGUGUCAACUAUCACUUCCAUGCUAAAUAGUGAAAUUGUGGAUCUUCCUCCUCCAAAGAAACCAGCAUUUGUUGAAAGGCAGAGUUCCGUGGAUACAGAGUCCAUUACACAGAACCAAAAGAUAAAUUCCAUUAACAAUGUGACGAUUUCUGAUCUUAACGGCCGAUAG